AUGGCUGGUUGGUGGCAAGGGAGAAAGUUGGAGAGAGGAGAGAGAAGGAUAGUGUGGUCUGCUACAUUGUUUUGUGUGAAGAAGAGGAUUUUCCAGUUCCGGCAUAAACAAACAAAUUCGUUCUACAAAGAUCUAAAAAUUUCAACACCUUUGAGGAUUUCAGAGCUCGAAAACCAUGUACGGAUCCAGAGGGGCAAUGUUGGGAAGCGGGGGGUUUCGGAUGGGUACGAGGUCGGCUCAAAGAGACAAAGAAUGAUGGAAUCAAAUCCCUACUUCGCAGUGAGCAGUGGUGCAAGUGGCUUUCAACCUUAUGGCUAUGGCGGUGGAUUUCAGCCCCCGCCCUUUCCUGUGGUUCGUCUGAGGGGGCUUCCUUUCAACUGCUCGGAUGUUGAGAUUUUCAAGUUCUUUGCUGGACUGGAUAUUGUGGAUGUGUUGCUGGUCAACAAGAAUGGGCGGUUCACUGGAGAAGCUUUUGUUGUCUUUGCUGCACCCAUGCAGGUUGAGUUUGCUUUACAUAGGGAUCGACAGAACAUGGGGCGGAGGUAUGUGGAAGUUUUUAGGUGCAAGAGGCAGGAUUAUUACAAUGCUGUUGCUGCGGAGGUGAAUUAUGAAGGAAUCUAUGACAAUGAUUACCAUGGAAGUCCUCCUCCAUCUAGAGCAAAGAGGUUCAGUGAUAAGGAUCAAAUGGAAUACACAGAGAUCUUGAAGAUGCGAGGUCUUCCCUUUUCUGCUAAAAAAGCUGAAAUAAUUGAAUUCUUUAAAGACUUCAAGCUGAUUGAAGAAAGGAUACACAUUGCAUGCCGCCCAGAUGGGAAAGCUACUGGAGAGGCAUAUGUAGAGUUCAUUUCUGUUGAGGAGGCUAAAAGAGCUAUGAACAAGGACAAGAUGACAAUUGGGUCAAGGUAUGUCGAGCUGUUUCCUUCAACUCAAGAUGAAGCCAGACGGGCAGAGUCGAGAUCAAGGCAGUGA